GAACUGCUGUUAUGUGCAGUCGAGCCUCAUUCUGUAUAGGCGGGUGUUUCGAUAAAUAAGUAAACGUUUCAGUGGAUCAUUUUGAAUGAUGUACCUUUUAUAGUUCAAAGUCCUAUUGACAUCAGUACAAUCCAUCAACACUAGCAGUCGAGAUGUCAUUUAUGAGAACAACAAAGGCAAAGCGAGCAACACCAGCUCUAAGUCAUAAAAACAAAGUAAAGAAGAAGCCCAGAAAACCACAGUGGGAUGAUACUGUGAACGAUCUAACUGUUUACAAAGCAAGUCCUGAGGAAGUUCAACGAAGAAAGGCAGUUCACAAGUCGAAUAAUUUAGAGGAAGUUAAGGAAGAACUCCAAAAAAAAUCUAUUGCAGCUGCAAGGAGAAGACAGAAUUCAAGCAGGAGCUCACAGCAAUCUGCCUUAAUAAAAGAAGUGUUAUAUGAUCAAAGCCAGUUGUUGGAUGUGCUCUCAAGGUCAGAUAGAACUAUGGCAGUCGUGAAAGACUUGUUUGGAGAUGCACCACCACGUUACAAAGGUAUUCCCAACAUAACAUGUGUACCAGACCAGACAAACCAAUCCUUAAUGAACAGGUCAGAAGGACUGAUAUAUCAGGAACCAGAAAUAUCCACCCAGAUGGACAUGCUCAGUCAGUCUCAUAUGGAUAAAAGUGCACUGAAUGAAAUGGAUGAGGAACAGUCUGAAGAUGUUUUAUUUUAUGAAAUUUUUCAGCGUUACAAAGGUAUUCCCAACAUAACAUGUGUACCAGACCAGACAAACCAAUCCUUAAUAAACAGGUCAGAAGGACUGAUAUAUCAGGAACCAGAAAUAUCCACCCAGAUGGACAUGCUCAGUCAGUCUCAUAUGGAUAAAAGUGCACUGAAUGAAAUGGAUGAGGAACAGUCUGAAGAAGAAAGCACAGACUUGCAAUACCAACCUCAGAUUGACUUGGACAGGUUUAGACAUUUUCUUGAGAAGGAGAGGGCUGAUCCUCAAGAGCUGAGUACUAUCCAGGGAAGUCAAGUCACUGCAGCGCCACUGUCUGUGCAGCAAGGCCAAGCAUCCAGUACAUUCGUCCAAGGAAAAAAAGCAGUUCCUGCCCCAUCUGGUGGGCCAUCACUCUCACUGCCAACUGGAGAUAAGGCAGUGUAUACACCCAAAAAUACUGGUGAUAGCUCGGGCGCUAUCAAUGGAACAGAAAAAGCUAAGAGAAGCAAAAGUAGGAUGAACAAGUCCCAGUCCCCUCUGAAUGUAUCAGGACUGACAAAUAUCACAGCACUUAAGCAGGUAUUGGUAUCACUGGAGAAUGAGCUGGCAGACUAUGAACAGAAGACUGGCAGACAGCCUGCAGCAGAGAGAUUGUACACUGACACAUUCUCUGGGUACACAGUGGCCAUUGUAGAUGCAGUGACAAGACUGGUUAGAUAUCUCAAACAGACUGAAAUCCAACUAGCCGCAGAGAUGACAGUUAGAGAGCAGCUGUCACAAGAAGUGCAGCAUUUAAACCAGCUAGUUGAUGCAGUAACUUCAGACAUCAUCAGUACACAAGAGGAGAAUGUCAAAAUAAGAGAAGAAUUCGCCAAGUACAAGCAAAACACAGAUGAGCAGUUUAACUAUCUUAAGAACAUGUAUUCAGAGAUGAACAAAAGACCCAUGAAUUUAUCAACUCCAUCAACUGUAAACAGUGGAAGGAGGAGGUCGGAAAAUAGACAGGAUUCCCCUUCAGUUGAUGAGCUAGCCAAUCAGAUGACAGAGGUUUUGAGUUCAGGGCCACAUCAGAAGAGACCCGCUCCUCCAGUGAUAUCUACAGCAGCAACCACAGCAAGAGUGGAUUCUUAUGGAUAUAACAGUGCUAUGCCAGGGACUGGUAAUCUUCCCACCUGGUCCUCUGACAGCACCACAGCCCACGUCAUUGUCCCGAGACCAGCGCCCCUAGUGACGCUGGACCAUACUCAUGGACAUCAGCCACAACAACAGCCUUUGCAGACAGUACAGUCAACAGUGCGUGGACCCAGUCCUUCCCUUUCCCAGCAAAAUAUUUCAAUGCCAGAGUAUGCCUCACUUCCAGUCUCACAGCCUCAACAGUCCACACAGCAGUGGCGGCCUCUGAAGGAAGUCACCAACACUCAGCACCUGCAGGCUGCAGUGACUGAGGAGUCCAGGGAAAAGCUAUUUAAGUCACAAAUUUUACAAAUAGCACAACAGGUUGCAGUGCUGAAUGAACAGCACAGCCAAGCACAGGACAGACUCCAGCAGCUACAGAGGGGUCUUUCACCAACUGGCCAGCUACAAGAGAAUGGUCAAACAUUAGACAAGGCAACAGCUCAGGGACAACAGUCUAAUCUCCAGACAAUGAAACCAAAUGCUGGUCAUGGUGACAAAAUGGAGAAAGAAAAUCCAUCUUUGCAGAUACAGGAGUUAAAUAAACAGCUUAAAGAAGCACAACAGAAAAUGGCAGUUAUAUUGCAACAGCAGACAAGAGCAGCCGUAUCUCCUCCCAUAUCCCCUAUACCAACAGAGAGUGCUAGGAACACACUGCAAACACCUACUUACUCUGUGCAGCCUCAGCAGACAUUACAACCUGGUCAUAAAGGAAUAACUGUAGCAUUACCAAGGAUAGAAGAGCUGGAGAUAUCUGCCACAAGUACGCCUUCUCCAAAGUCAGUUGAAAGCAGACGCAGCAGUGAAAUGGUUCAGUAUGAUUAUUAG